AUGUUGGUGGACGCAACCGCCGGCCAUGAGCUCCUGAGCUUCAUGGAUGCUUACUCAGGGGGCAACAUAUCAACGCCUGGUCAACAAAAUAUUUGCAAACCUGAUAGGAUAGACGAUGGAGGGAAAUUUUUAGGCUACAUGGUCACCCAAAGGGGCAUAGAGGCCAACCCGGCCCAAAUCGACUCCAUCAUGAAGAUUCAAUCCCCAACAUGCAUCAAGGAUGUACAGAAGUUAACUGGGAUGAUAGCCGCGUUGGGCCGAUUCAUUUCAAAAUCCUCAGAGCGGUGUCACCCAUUCUUCAACACUCUUAGGAAAUCAAAAACCUUUGAGUGGACAGAGGAGUAUGAGGAGGCAUCACAACAACUCAAGCAAUACCUGACCAACCCGCCUCUUCUGGCCAAACCAAAAGACCAUGAAGUCCUAUUUGUGUAUUUGGCCGUGUCUGAGACUGCUGUCAAUGCCGUAUUGGUCAGAGAGGACGAAGGGAAGCAGUCACCGAUCUAUUAUAUGAGCAAGUCCCUUCUAGAUGCGGAGACCCGAUACAGCCAACUUGAGAAGCUAGCCCUUGCAUUGGUCCACACAGCAAGAAAACUUCGACCCUACUUCCAAUGUCACCCGAUCUCAGUGGUGACCAUAUACCCCCUCAAAGCCAUACUACACAAGCCGGAGCUAUCGGGUCUAUUGACCAAAUGGGCAGUGGAACUAAGCGAAUACGAUAUUACCUUCAAGCCCCGAACGGCCCUCAAGUCUCAGGUACUAGCAGAUUUCAUUGUUGAUUUCACUCCUAACCUUACCAUGCAGGCCGACAAGGAAAUAUGUUGCAUGACCGAAAGACCCGAUCAAACAGGAAUUUGGAAACUUUAUGUUGACGGGUCCAGUAAUAUGAGGGGAAGUUGGCUUGGCUUGGUACUCAUUUCACCUCAGGGUGACACGGUCGAACAAUCCAUUCGGUGUCAAUUCAAGGCAACCAACAAUGAGGCGGAAUAUGAGGCAAUGUUGGCUGGACUGGGAUUGGCCAAGGAAAUGGGGGUCAAACGAAUCAAUGUGUUCAGUGACUCCCAGCUUGUGGUCAAUCAAAUGCAAGGAUCUUACCAAGCCAAAGAUGCCAAAAUGAUAGCCUAUCUAGGCAAAACAAAAGAGUUACAAUUGAGCUUUGAGGACUUUACCCUGAGCCAAGUCCCACGAGGGGAUAACAGCCAUGCAGACGCACUAGCCAACUUGGGGUCAUCCAUCCAGACCACACAACCAAAGGUCAUUCAGAUAACCUGCCUCCAAUGGCCGGCGAUUCAAAAGGAUAAAGAGGAACAAGUCCAUGAAGUAUGUAUUAACCCUACAGAGGCGAGAUAUGUCCUUUCUGAGCAAAACGAGUGGGAAUGCGACAACCAUUCGGGUGGAAGAAGCCUCGCCCAUCCAGCCCUGACUAGUGGGUAUUAUUGGCCCACCAUAAAAGUCGAUUCAGUAGACUACGUCAAGAGAUGCGAUAAGUGCCAACGAUUUGCCCAAGUCUCCCACUUACCCCCAGAGCCAUUAAAAGCUAUCACUUCUUCAUGGCCCUUCAUGAAAUGGGGGAUGGACAUCGUAGGCAAACUACCUGUUGCCCCUGAGAAAAAAGUCUACAUGUUAGCCGUGACGGACUACUUCACCAAGUGGAUCGAGGCAGAUUCUUUUCACCAGGUUAGGGAUAAAGAGGUUUUGGAAUAUUAA